CUAGCAGAGCCGAGGUUGGAGUCUGGCCGGAGGCUGGGAGCGGGCUCAGCCCAGCCUGCGAGGUUUGGCGUGCGGGCGUUAGGUGGAAGCUUUCGUUUCAUCCUCCCCGCCUCGCUCUGCCGGCAGCAUGUCUCAGGUACUAGGCAUCCAGCCAGGCUGGACAGCCGGGGAUCGCCGAGGAGACGGUGGGAGGGGAGACGGGACCUGGGCUGAAUUUGACAAAGCUGCAGAAGAAGUCAAAAACCUGAAGUCCAGACCAGAUGACCAGGAGAUGUUGUUUAUCUAUAGCCACUACAAACAAGCCACAGUCGGAGAUGUAAAUACAGAUCGCCCUGGUAUGUUGGACUUCAAAGGCAAGGCUAAGUGGGAUGCCUGGAACUCUUUGAAAGGAAAAUCCAAAGAAGAUUCCAUGAAAGCUUAUAUUGCAAAAGUGGAAGAACUAAAAGGAAAAUAUGGCAUAUAAAAGAACCUGAAUUCAGACAUCAGCCAUGCUCUCGAAAGCCAAAUUAAAAUAAUGCUUUGAUUUCCUAAUCCUAUGAUCAAAGUCAAGCCCAUGUAAAUAAUGUGCAGCAGUAAAAGUUGGCAUGGCUCCUCUAGGCCCAUCAUGUUGCAUAGCUGUUGAAUUGGAGAGCGAAGCAGUUACCAAUCUUGGCUCAGUAGCUUUCUUUAAUCUGUAAAUCAAUAAAGUGCAUUUGUUACUUUAA